GUCUUCUAGAGUGCACUAAAGCAGAAGAUAACAUUAGAUUUUUAUCUUACCAUGAAAGUAUUAUCUGAAAGACAGUUAAAGCUUUGUGUUGUUCAACCAGUACAUCUCACUUCAUGGCUCCUUAUAUUUUUUAUUCUAAAGUCUAUCUCUUGUCUAAAACCUGCUCGACUUCCAAUUUAUGAAAGGAAACCUUUUAUAGCUGCUUGGAAUGCUCCAACAGAUCAGUGUUUGAUAAAAUAUAAUUUAAGACUAAAUUUGAAAAUGUUUCCUGUGAUUGGAAGCCCACUGGCCAAGGCCAGGGGGCAACAUGUCACUAUAUUUUAUGUCAACAGAUUGGGAUACUAUCCGUGGUAUACAUCACAAGGGGUCCCCAUUAAUGGAGGUCUCCCACAGAACAUAAGUUUACAAGUACAUCUGGAAAAAGCUGACCAAGAUAUUAAUUAUUACAUCCCUGCUGAAGAUUUCAGUGGACUUGCUGUUAUAGAUUGGGAAUAUUGGCGACCACAGUGGGCCCGGAACUGGAACGCAAAAGAUGUUUACAGACAGAAGUCAAGAAAGCUGAUUUCCGAUAUGGGAAAGAAUGUAUCAGCUACCGAUAUUGAAUAUUUAGCCAAAGUGACCUUUGAAGAAAGUGCAAAAGCUUUCAUGAAGGAAACCAUCAAAUUGGGAAUUAAGAGCCGACCCAAAGGCCUUUGGGGUUAUUAUUUAUAUCCUGAUUGCCACAAUUAUAACGUUUAUGCCCCAAACUAUACUGGGUCAUGCCCAGAAGACGAAGUCUUGAGGAACAAUGAGCUCUCUUGGCUCUGGAACAGCAGUGCUGCUUUAUAUCCUUCUAUCGGUGUCUGGAAAUCCCUUGGAGACAGUGAAAACAUUUUGCGCUUCUCCAAAUUUCGUGUGCAUGAAUCCAUGAGGAUCUCCACCAUGACAUCUCAUGAUUAUGCUCUGCCUGUAUUUGUCUACACAAGGCUAGGGUACAGAGAUGAACCUUUAUUUUUCCUUUCUAAGCAAGAUCUAGUCAGCACCAUAGGAGAAAGUGCUGCCUUGGGAGCUGCAGGCAUUGUUAUUUGGGGAGACAUGAAUUUAACUUCAUCCAAGGCCAACUGUACAAAGGUGAAGCAGUUUGUGAGUUCUGAUUUAGGGAGCUACAUAGCCAAUGUGACCAGAGCUGCUGAGGUAUGCAGCCUUCACCUCUGCAGGAACAACGGGAGGUGCAUAAGGAAGAUGUGGAACGCGCCCAGUUACCUUCACUUGAACCCCGCAAGUUACCACAUAGAGGCCUCUGAGGACGGGGAGUUUACUGUGAAAGGAAAAGCAUCUGAUACAGACCUGGCAGUGAUGGCAGAUACAUUUUCCUGUCAUUGUUAUCAGGGAUAUGAAGGAGCUGAUUGCAGAGAAAUAAAGACGGCUGAUGGCUGCUCUGGGGUUUCCCCUUCUCCUGGUUCACUAAUGACACUUUGUCUACUGCUUUUAGCAAGUUAUUGAAGCAUUCAGUUGUGAGAUAAUUGAGUUUAAAGGGAAUUGUGUGGCCUUUAGCCUAGUCAUUUAAAGAAGGAUGUAACUUAUAACAUUUUUUUCUCUUAUGAAUUCUAUUGAGAGAUAUUAUAAGUAGACAUUAUGUAUGUCACUUAACAUAAACAGAAACAUUAUUUUAUUUGCCUCCAAUCUGGCUAGGAAACCAGAUCUGGAGUAAAGUCAAUGUACACUUCCUCCUUAUUGGAAUAUUUAAGUUGCAUUUAAACUAAAACUAGUAUAAUUUAGUCUUUUCAUGAAUGUACAUACAUAAAAUUAUACAUAAAAAAUUAAAUUAUUCAUUUCAAA